UUUUCUCUUCUUUAUUUUCUUGUCUGUCCCUCCAUUUUCAGACUCUGAAAGGCUCAGACUCGGCUUUGGGCUGUGCUGUGUCUUUAUCUCCUUUCCUUUUCAAGCUCUUAACUUUUCUCUGCUUUUUCUCUGACACCAUUUAAGGACCCAUCGGUAAGUAACUCACCAAUAAUUUCUUCACCUUUGUUUUUCUCUUUUGUUCAUUUUUUUUUUAAUCUCGCCGUAAAAAAAAGGAAGAGAAAUACAGACUUUUUUAUUAAUAAAGAGAGUAAUAAUGAGGUACUGGAAUUUCUAAAAAUGGGAAACAUCUCUUGUUUUUGCGGCUCAGAUUGAAACACCAGUUUCUUCAUACUUCUGUUAUUAUUAUUAUUAUUGUGUGAAUUUGUUUGAAAUAUAGAAAAGGUUAAAAGAAUUAAGACUAUUUUUUUUUAGUUUGCUUCCUCUGCUUUUGUCGUUAUUAAUUUUCUGGGGAAAGUGAAAGAAAGCGACUAAUUUUUUUUUUUGUCAAAAGGGCUCGUUUUUGGUUUUGGCCCUUUAUUUCUAGCUGAAAUCUAGGCAGAAUUUAUCAAAUCUUUAAAAACAAUAACGAUGUGAUGAGUGAUACCUAUAAACGGGACCAGUUACUUUCUAAAAAUUUAUUCUUUAAUGAUUUCUAGAAGUUUUUCGAAGUAAAAAAGACAAAUUUCAGAUUAUUUCUUUGUUCUGUUUUUAUUUCAAUGCAAAAGCAAAAAUUUCAUUUUUGGGGAAUAAAUUUAUUUCCUGUACUGAUUUCUUUUUUGUUGCAUUUGUGGUAUUUGUUGAUUGAUUCUUUUUUUUUUUCUGUGGGGAUAAAAAAAAUGUUGCUGGGAUAGCUUUUCUUUUUUAAGGCUGUAAACUGUUGAAUUUGUUGUACAUUAGGGUUUCUUUGAAUUUUUUACAGUAUUUGAUUAGUCGUUGUGGGUCUCAGUCAAGUACCUACUUUUAGGGAUUGCUCAGAGAAUUGAAUGUGAAUUAUCCAAGGUGUGAAGGUUUUUAGAGUGCGGUAUGGCGAGUAACAUCAAAAUGUGAAUGUUCUUUUUUCCUUUUCCCUCUACUUUUAUACCGUUACUACAUCCUAGAAUUAUUGGAGAGAGAGACAGAGAGAGAUGAUUUUCAAUGCUGUGGAAACCGGGUAGUUAGUUUCACUUGGGUUGAUAGAUUAGGUUAAGUUCUUCUAGGAUUUUGGUGGUGGGAUUUGCUGCAAGUGUUGCAGGUUUAGGGAACAGCUUAUAUAUUUUUGCUUGGGAUUGAAGUGGUACUUUUGAUCUUGAUGUUGUAGGCGUAUAUAUGCACAAGAGCGAAUAGAGAGAUCGAUUGGAAUUAUGCUGUCAGCUUGUUUGUAAUGAAAGGAGGAGUAAAGCUUUACUGCUACUCUUGUUCCAAAUUGGCAAGGUCUAAUAUAUGACCUUUAUUGUCUUUGCUUAGGCUUUCUGUUUUAGAAGGAUGGACAUUGAUAUCUGCAUAAAAAUUGCUUGGCUUGAGAAGUGUUUGCUCGUUUAGUUGAACCUCUCCGGUACUCUGGUUGGAAUUUUUUGGAGUGAAGUGGAUUUGAAGUGGCAUCAGUAAACCUUUUUAGUGUAGAAUUGGAGGAGUGAACAAACUCAUGUUUUGUCAAAGUGGAUUGACAAAUUUGCUAAUUUGCCCCCCUCUAGUUCUGAGAAACAUGGAUGGUUGGGCUCUGAUGCUGGAGAUUUAGCGGUAAGUUUUGUUCUUGAUAUGCCGGUAUUAAUUUUGCUUAUCUUUUGUUUUGUAUGCUAUGAAUCUGUAGAGUCCACAAAUGGUCUCCUUCAUAUAUAGUGUUAUAGAAUUUAGCAUGAUUGAAUUUUUUUUUCUCAUGGUAUAUUUCCUCUAUGAAUUGAACAAGCCUCUAGGUUAUAUUUUCUGGAUCUCUUGACAAAGUUGCUUUGAUUUUAUUGAAUAAGAUUGUAUGAAGCAUUCUAUGAGUUCUAUCUCUCUGAUGGAGUGGAACGCCAAAACCCCCUUGCAAUGGGACUGGGAAAACCUAAUGAUGUUAAAUGCGACACCAACUGAAAUUCCAAGGAAGCUAACACCCAUAGAGUGGGAUAUUGAUGGUGAGGGAGGAAUGGACUAUGGGUCUCUCUAUUCUUCUAGUGCUGCUGGAGGUAGUGGUGGUUCUGGUUCAGAUUUGGGCCUUGCUUCAUUGUCUAAAAGUUCCAAAUCGGCAUCCAUUAAUUCUUCAUCUAUGGGGGAGGUGAAAGCGACCAAAUUUACUUUGGAGACCUUUGAAGCUGUCCCAGAUGAUAUUAGCAACAAGAAAGAAGUUUCCAAGGUUGAGCUGACUGAUGUUUGUGCAGGAAGCAAUGCUAAGAAUUCAUCUUAUUCUGUGAAUCCUGGACCAUCUCCUAUCCCAGCAAAGAGAUCCAAACCCAUUUGUCAGAGUACACAUGUUCUGCGUUGCCAAGUCGAAGGCUGUAACCUUGACCUCUCAUCGGCUAAGGAGUACCAUCAGAAGCACAGAGUUUGUGAAAGUCAUUCAAAGAGUCCAAAGGUCAUUGUUGGUGGUCUUGAACGCCGGUUCUGCCAGCAGUGUAGCAGGUUCCAUGGCCUGUCAGAGUUUGAUGAAAAGAAGCGAAGCUGUCGUCGGCGCCUUUCUGACCACAAUGCAAGGCGCCGCAAACCACAGACAGAAGCAAUCCAUUUCAAUGCUGCGAGGCUUACAUCAUCAUCAUAUGAUGGAAAGCAACAGGUGGGUUUUGUCUGGAAUAAAGUGCCGUUUCUUCAUGCUAGGCCUAAUGAAGAUUUUACAUGGGAAGGCACUUCUGACUUCAAGUCCCCUCAAUUUAAAGGUUAUACACCUGCAAAAGUUGGAAACGUCAAUGGACAGUUGCAACUGCCAGGCAAUCAGCUGUUGAAUUCCAUCACGAUGCAAUGUCAUGAUUCCAAUACAUGCCUGCCCGCCAAGGGCAAGCACAGUACAACUGCGGUUCUCAACCAAGGUGUAGAAGAAUCCACAGUUGCUUCAAAUAUGGGUACGACGCAAGAUAUUCAUCGUGCUCUCUCUCUUCUGUCAAACGAUACAUGGGAUUCUUGUAAGCCAAAACAUGGUUCGCUUGCCUACUCCAUGCAUGCUAAUCCUGCCACAAUGUCUCAGCCAGCAAUGAAUGCAGUUUCGCAAGGUUUUCCUCUUGCCUUAUCCGAAAACUGGCUGAUGGAACAACAGACAGCUGAAUCCCAAGCUCAUAAAGCCUUGCAUAGUGAUGGUGACAACCAUUUCCAAGAGUUCCAGUUGCACAAGGCUUCGUAUGAUAGCAGCUUUUUUUCCAAUCAGAUUAACUGACUGCACAAAUUUGGAUAAGCUUAAAUAUAUAUAAAUUCCUGUCCAGGUAUUCCAUUGUUAAAAUUAUUUACUGAGAAUUCUGGCUGUGUCGUAUGGGUGACAAGAGGCCAUCAAAAUCAUUUGCUAUUAAUUUUUUGCUUUUUAUUCAGUUCACUUUUUGUUAAAAAAAAAUACCAAAAAAGAAAAGAGAAGAGCAUUUAUCCAAAGCAGCACUACUAAUCGACGUAAAUGACUAGCACUGUCAUGCCUGCGAAGUUUAUUGUGGGUCCAAUAUCGUUGCAUAGAAGCUCAGCUGGUGAGGUAUAGCAUACGAUGCGUGCAGAGUUUGGUGCAAUUUGAUAGGAGAUUUUAGACCUAGGAGUAUGAAAUCAAUCAAAAUUCAAAAUAAACUCUUAAUGAUUUAGGAUUAUUUAAUCAAUCACAAUUCAAAACUGUUGUGUUAGAUUUAUUGCAAUUUUAUAUUAAGUUCAUUUGUAAAUGUUAAAUUUUUACAUAAUUUUUUAGUGCGAAGAUUAUAAUUAAAAAAAAUGUUAAACUAAAAUGCAACCAAUGACCUCUUGUAUUAAAAUAUUAAGAAAAAUAAUGUUUAUAACAGCACCGGAACACUCGGUUUCAGUCACAAGUUGAUAGUGGCACUAGAUGACCAAAUGGCUGUAUGCCCCAUAGAGAAAGAUUAAUCAGGUGACCAUUGAAAUAUGCACGCAUGAAUUUAAAUUUCAAAGUGCUUUUGCAUGAUCAGUCAAAUGUCGGGCGAAACAUUAUUUUUGAAGAUAAAAAAAAAAAA